CGCAUCUCUUUACAUCUCAUUCCAGGCGUAAAAUUAAAGUUCAUUUCAUGUGGAUUUGAUCCCCUCCUCACCCCCACCACUUCCCAUUUGAACGUGUCAUCGUCCCCCUUUAUUAUAUUAUCAUCUUAACCCCCCUCUCCCUCUACAUCCCCUCCUCUGCUUCGACCCCCUCCUCCCCGUCGCCUCGAAGUGAUAUCUGCCGACAGGUUCAUUAAAAACUAUGGCAGAGGCUGAGGAUAUUCAACCCCUUGUCUGUGACAAUGGAACUGGGAUGGUAAAGGCUGGCUUUGCUGGAGAUGAUGCUCCACGGGCUGUUUUUCCAAGUAUUGUUGGUAGGCCACGCCACACCGGUGUUAUGGUGGGGAUGGGACAAAAAGAUGCAUAUGUUGGUGAUGAGGCCCAAUCUAAGAGGGGUAUUUUGACAUUAAAGUAUCCUAUUGAACAUGGUAUUGUAAGUAAUUGGGAUGACAUGGAGAAGAUAUGGCAUCAUACCUUCUACAAUGAGCUUCGUGUAGCCCCGGAAGAACAUCCAAUUCUUCUUACUGAAGCCCCUCUCAAUCCCAAAGCCAACAGAGAGAAGAUGACGCAGAUUAUGUUUGAGACAUUCAAUGUCCCUGCUAUGUAUGUUGCCAUCCAGGCCGUCCUCUCCCUCUAUGCCAGUGGCCGUACCACAGGUAUCGUGUUGGACUCUGGUGAUGGUGUCAGCCAUACCGUCCCGAUCUACGAAGGAUAUGCUCUUCCACAUGCUAUUCUCCGUCUUGACCUCGCUGGUAGGGACCUCACUGAUGCACUGAUGAAAAUCCUAACCGAGAGGGGAUACUCAUUCACGACCACUGCCGAGCGGGAAAUCGUCCGUGACAUUAAGGAGAAGCUCGCCUACGUUGCCCUCGACUACGAGCAGGAGCUCGAGACCGCAAAGAGCAGCUCCUCCAUUGAGAAGAGCUAUGAGCUGCCCGACGGCCAGGUCAUCACUAUCGGGGCCGAGCGGUUCAGAUGCCCUGAAGUGCUCUUCCAGCCGUCGCUCAUUGGUAUGGAAGCUCCUGGAAUCCAUGAGACAACCUACAACUCUAUCAUGAAGUGCGACGUGGAUAUCAGGAAGGACUUGUAUGGGAACAUUGUUCUCAGUGGUGGGUCCACCAUGUUUCCAGGCAUUGCUGAUCGUAUGAGCAAGGAGAUUACGGCACUUGCACCAAGUAGCAUGAAGAUCAAGGUGGUGGCGCCUCCGGAGAGGAAGUACAGUGUUUGGAUUGGAGGGUCGAUCCUGGCUUCUCUGAGCACCUUCCAACAGAUGUGGAUAUCCAGGGCGGAGUACGAGGAGUCCGGUCCAUCUAUUGUCCACAGGAAGUGCUUCUAGAUGAUUUCCAUGCGUUACCUUUUUACUUACUCCCCCUGUUUCUCUACUAUAUCCGGUGAUGGUAGGUUGAUGGAAUGUGAAACGAACGUUCGCUUGUUGGUUUGUGUGCUCUGAGAUUUUCCAUUUCACUUUCACUUGGCGCGUUUUGCAUAUGUAAUGUAAUAUGGCUGUGAGCUAUUAGCAAAAUUGUUAGCUAUUAUAAGUUGUAUGUAGUUUGGAUUGGUGAAAUUCUAUUGGUCCUUCGCGUGGAUGGAUUUCUUCUGGUCUCUAUAUCUUGUAUGUUGCAUUUGAGAGGAGCAAUAAUUGUCGAUUCUUGAUA